AUUGUAAAUUUUUAUGUCAAAUUAAAAAAUGAUUUAUAACUAAUUUUUAAAUUUAAAAUAAUGUAAUUUAUGGGGGGCUUUAUACAAAAACUAAUGUUACAUUUUUUAACGCGUGUCCACCAAAAUUGUAAGUAAUGAAUAAAGAUAACGCCAAGGAGUUUCUGGUGACUUUUCUUCUUUCUGGAACAAUUGCUAUGACCACCAAGACCAUAGUGGCACCGCUAGAACGUACCAAAAGUAUACUGCAAAACCAGGAGUCUGCAUAUCAAGUAUUGACUGGAGAAAGAAAGAGAUACAUUGGAGUUGUAGAUAUAUUUAGAAGAGUUCCCAAGGAGCAGGGUUGGUUGAGUUUUUGGAGAGGCAAUGGAGUUAAUCUUAUACGAACCUUUCCCACUAUGGCUUUUAAUUUUGCCUUUAACGAUAUGUACAAUAAAUAUCUGAGCGGAUUAUUUGACACGAAGCAAAACUUUGCGGUUGCCAAAGUUUUAUCCGGAGGAUUGGCUGGAGUCACAACAGGAACUAUUUUAUACCCUUUGGAGUUUUGUCAAACAAAAAUCACUAGCGACUUUGGUUCAGAUAAGGGUUUUAAAACUGACAAGGUAGCUCGAGAAUAUACAGGUUUAUUUAACUGUGUGGGAAAAGUAUACCGCAAAGAAGGAUAUAAGGGUUAUUUCAAAGGAUGGCACGUUGAAAUUCUUGGUAUUUUUCUCUACAGGGGUUUAUAUUUUGGACUAUAUGAAAUGUUAAAACAAGCAUAUUUGGUACGGAAAGAACGUACCCAGCAUAAACUGGAUCAUAUACCAUUUUUUGCAAAUUUUGUUAUAGCUACAACAACUACGAUUGUGUCAAGUUUUACUUCAUAUCCCUUGGACACAAUAGGCAGAAGACUUAUGUUGGAUUCAGCUCGUCCAGCAAAAUUUAAACAAUUUAAAAACGCACGUGAUGCCAUGUUCAAAAUGCACGAGAAACAUGGCAUAACUAGUUUUUAUAAAGGUGCUUUAGUAAAUAGUGUACGUGGCGUAAGUAGUGCUUUAGUUCUUGUUAUGUACGACCAAAUACUAAUUUGGACAAACUGGAAGUCAAAAUUGAAAGCAAAAAAUUAAAUUGUA